GUUAUGGAUUUUUCAAUAGUCAAUGAAUAGUUUCUUGAUUAAGAAAACGUAUAUGGGAAAAGAAACAGCCCAAAGAAGAAGAAAAAAAAAAACAAGAAGAAAAAAAGAAAAGAAAAGAAGAAAGUGUUGUUUGUAAUUGCUGCAUACGCACGUAACUUCCGUUUUGAUUCCUUACAGUCCCGCCAGCAUAAAUGAUAUCCAUUCUUAGAAUCCUUUCCAACUUUGUUGGAUUCUCUUUAUCUCUCUCUCUUCCCGACACAACUACCACUGUACGAUUUUGAUUCUAUCCCAAUUCAAAGGUUGUUCCUUUUAGAUCUUAGACUCUCAAAGACAGCAUCUUUAACAAUUAUCGUCAUGAAUACUACUUCUCUCUCUAUAAAUCCCUCUCUAUCUCCUACCUUUUUUCCAACUGCCACCACACCUUCUUCUUACCCCCCUAGCUCUGCUAGAUUUCAACGUUUUUUAUUGUUAGGAGCAAAACCCAUUACUCUAUCUUGUAGAGGAGUACGAUUGAGCUCUUUGGGUGGGUCAAAAACUGUGAAGGGUAGAAAAAGUUUGGUGCUUGAAGCUAGAAACAUGGACAUAGCAGAGGUUGGUUCUCAUGAAAUGGAGGAAGAGGAAGAUGGUCCUCCUUCUGCUGCUUUGCUUGACUCUGAGAAUGAGCAAAAUUCAAGGCCUCGUCGAAUUGCUCUCUUUGUUGAGCCUUCUCCCUUUGCAUAUGUCUCAGGAUACAAAAAUCGGUUUCAGAAUUUUAUUAAAUGCCUUCGUGAAAUGGGAGAUGAGGUGAUGGUUGUGACCACGCAUGAAGGAGUUCCCCAGGAAUUUCAUGGAGCCAAAUUAAUUGGAUCUUGGAGCUUUCCCUGUCCUUGGUAUCAAAAGGUACCCCUCUCUUUGGCACUUAGUCCAAGAAUAAUUUCAGAGGUUGCCCGGUUUAAGCCUGACAUAAUACAUGCAUCGUCGCCAGGUGUAAUGGUUUUUGGCGCUCUUAUCAUUGCAAAACUUUUAUGUAUUCCUAUUGUCAUGUCCUAUCAUACGCACGUACCAGUUUACAUUCCAAGAUAUACCUUUAGCUGGCUGGUGACACCCAUGUGGUUGAUCAUAAAAUUUCUUCAUAGAGCAGCUGAUCUGACUCUGGUGCCAUCUGCUGCCAUUGGUAGGGAUCUCCAAGCAGCUAGAGUAACAGCAGCUAACAAGAUUCGUCUAUGGAACAAGGGUGUUGAUUCUGAAAGUUUCCAUCCUCGAUACCGCUCACAUGAAAUGCGAUUAAGACUAAGCAAUGGUGAACCCGAGAAACCCUUGGUAGUUCAUGUGGGACGGCUUGGAGUUGAAAAGAGUUUAGAUUUUCUCAAAAGGGUCAUGGAUAGGCUUCCUGAAGCGCGAAUUGCUUUCGUUGGAGAUGGACCAUACAGGGAGGAGCUGGAGAAAUUGUUUGAAGGCAUGCCUGCAGUAUUCACUGGAAUGUUAGGAGGGGAAGAACUAUCGCAAGCAUAUGCCAGUGGAGAUGUUUUUGUGAUGCCUUCAGAGUCAGAGACACUUGGUCUUGUUGUUUUGGAGGCCAUGUCUUCAGGGAUACCUGUGGUGGGAGCACGUGCUGGAGGCAUUCCAGAUAUAAUACCUGCAGACCAAGAAGGUAAAACUGGCUAUCUCUAUAAUCCAGGUGAUCUUGAAGACUGCUUGAGUAAAAUAGAACCCCUUUUGCUCAACAAAGAGUUUAGAGAAACCAUGGGAAAAGCUGCACGUGAAGAGAUGGAGAAGUAUGAUUGGAAGGCUGCCACGCGUAAGAUUCGCAAUGAACAAUACAAUGCUGCCAUUUGGUUCUGGCGCAAGAAAAGGGCUCAACUGCUUAGACCCUUACAGUGGCUUGCUAAACGUUUUUUCCCUUCACCACAAGUCAACUAUAGGUGAUGCAAGUACUCAUUCCAAGGUUCUUGCUUUGGCUUCACAGUAGACUUGUAUGGGAUAUAUAUAUAUGUGCGGUUGAUUGAGUGUAAUGCAUUCAUUUUCUGAAUUAUAAUGGAAUAUACAAUAUGGUGGUUUGCACCUUAUUUUUGUGCCAUUAUAAAGUUUGAUUAAGGUUACAGGUUGUCAGGUUGAAUUCUUCAUGUCCCUAUAUGAUCAAUGAAUAAAUUUG